UGUAGCCACGCCUCUUGUGAAGAGAGAUUUCUAGUGAAGAGUUAAGAGAUAUUUAAAAGCCAAAAGUAAAUGGAAGAAUUCUUUCUUUAAAGACUAAGCAAUGACAGACAAAGAGUCCCGUUUUCCUCCUGGCACGACUUGUGUUGGAAAGUAUGAUUUCCCUGGCCGUGCUCCACAUGACCUUCCUUUUCGCAAAGGCGACAGUUUGAUUAUUAUUAAAGUAUCAAAGGACCCUAACUGGUACAAGGCCCGCCAUUCAAAUGGGACCGAAGGGAUGAUACCGUAUAACUAUGUGAUGGAGAAAUCAAACUCAUCCCACAUAUCAAACCCUUCCCCUGUCCCGCCUACUCCUUGCUCAAGGGACGAGUCAGCUGUUAUGGAGAAAAGAGGAGUGGUCAAACUACACACGAUGCCAUGGUUUCAUGGCGAUAUCACUAGGGCAGAUUCUGAGGCUCUUCUCACUCCGCCUAAGGACGGGUUGUUUCUAGUGAGAGAGAGUCAGGCACACAAAGGGAACUAUACUUUAUGUGUCUCUUACAAGGGGAAGGUAGAGUUUUAUCAAAUAGAAAAGGACUCGAGGCAAUGGGUUUCUGCAGACGGAGAGGAAUACUUUGAAAACCUCGUCAAAUUAGUUGAGCACUACCAGAAAGAUGCAGAUGGUCUUGUGUGUCGCUUACGGCACAGCGUGGAGAAGAAGGGGGCCCACGAUAUUGUUGUGUCUUUGGAAGAGUUUAAAAAUAAGGGUUGGGCUAUUCCAAGGGCUGAUCUCGAUAUGAAGAGUACACUAGGGAAAGGAGAAUUUGGAGAGGUAUGGUUAGGUGAAUACAGAGGUAAUAAAGUUGCCAUUAAGAUGCUGAAAGAGAUAAAGAGCAGACAAGCGACACAACAAUUCCUGGCAGAGGCUUCUGUCAUGACUACUCUAUCUCAUACUAAUCUCGUUGGAUUAAUUGGAGUAUCACUAGAUGAGUCACCGAUAUACCUGGUGACGGAAUUCAUGGGAAAAGGAGCUCUGGAACAGUACCUUAGGACACGAGGAAGAUCUGUCAUAACUAAACAAAAUCAAAUCGACUUUGCAAGAAACGUAUGUAAUGGGAUGGUGUACUUAGAAUCAAAGAACUUUGUACACAGGGAUUUAGCAUCACGAAAUGUGCUAUUGUCAGAUGAGCUAGUAGCAAAGGUAUCAGAUUUUGGUCUGGCAAGGGAAGGAGUCACAAGGUCUGACAGUCAGAAAUUACCAGUCAAAUGGACAGCACCUGAAGCUCUCAAAGAGAAUAAAUUUUCAAAUAAAUCUGAUGUGUGGAGUUUCGGUAUUUUCCUUUGGGAAUUGUAUUCCUAUGGUAGAGUCCCUUAUCCUCGUGUUCCAGCUAAUGACAUCAUGCAGUUUGUAGAGCGAGGGUACAGGAUGGACCCACCUGAUGGUUGUCCUCCCGUCAUUUAUCAAAUAAUGAAGGACUGUUGGCAGGCGGAUCCUAAUGCUCGGCCUAAUUUUACUCGAAUAAUGAAGUCGCUUGAAAAGGAAGUGCCACCAUCUUGACCUGGGUCGACUUUGGCUCGGUAAAACCACACCCUCAAAUACGUCAAAAAUGUAUAGCAACUUCCUUAUUAUUACUAAUUAUUAUUAUUAUUAUUAUUAUUAUUAUUAUUAACACCUUUCAAUGACUUUUAAUGAUACUUUUAUUUAAUUUUUUUUUCUCUUUUUUUUCUGUACACAAUCAUGUUGUAUAGUUUUAGUAAAGGAA